UCUUGUGUUAACAAAUCAAUCAUCACAAUGGCGACAUGCUCGCCAUUGUCAGUGAAAGAUUUUCUUCUUUCAUGUGAACUACACGCGGGCAUGAAAUUGGACAUGUUUUGCAAAAUGCACAGCCAGGUAUGCUGUACUGUGUGCGCAUCCAAAAACCACAGCGACUGCAUUGACGUGAGACCCAUUUCAGAGAUAUCAAAACAAGAAACAGCGAAUGUACACGACUUGUCACUGACCCUGGAAGCUAUAAUGCAGCAAAUUGAAAAGCUUCGUAACAAUGGACGAUCCAACAUACAUUUUCUGCAUGGUUCAUAUAACGAGGAAAUUCAAAAAUUGCUGGAAAUGCGUCGAAAAAUUAACAAACUUUUAGACGAGCUCGAAACAAGCACUGCUAAAGAUAUGAACGAUGGCCUAAUAAGUCUGCAGAAUCUUCUUGAAAGUGAUCUCAAAAAGUGUACACGACUUCAGGAUGAAUUGAAACAGCUCCAUGAAGCUAUUCAAUCGAUAACCGAUAAAGACACAGCGGAAUUCUUUAUAGCAUGGCAGAAAUGUCUGAACACAAUAAAACAGUCUGAAACGUUUUUGAAGGAGAAAUCUAAUACGGCUGAUAGUGCAUCAACAUUUCAAUUUAACAUGGACAUUGGGCAGUACUUGUAUAAACUGACAGCGUUAGCAAUGCGGCAAAGUCCGGACCAGAUAUUUAGUGUGGCGAAUAAGACAGAGUAUAAACUCGAAAUCGAGCCUAUGGUCAUUUGGUCCCGCGGACAAAUUAAUUGCGUAGGAGUGUGA